GAUAAUCACAAAUAUACCAACUUAACUUAUUCAAUUAAGCUAAAAGUCACUUAAAAUAAUAAGUUUGAAAUUUUGACUUAAAAUUUCUACUUAACACGCUAAGUUGUAAGAUUUUGAAAGUUUGAAAUUAAAUUGACUUUAAUAUCCUCAUUACCCUCAAAUUAUUACCCACGUACAAAUCUGUUCUCUUCUCCAUCACAACCCUAUUUUUUCUCUCAUAAACAACGUGUGAUUGAAUUGAAGACACUCAACUAGUAUUAAUCACUUCAAAUCCUUUUACUACAGGUAUUAGUAUUGUUAUCAAAAUUGUUAUUAUGUACUCCUUCUGAAAUAUGAUUUUCUUUCUCGUUCAUAUUUAAUAUUGAAAUCAUUGAAUUGUUUUUGGUGUUCAGUAUAUUAAAAAAAAUUAGAAGGCUCCAUCAUCUCUUUCGUCUCAAGCUUUAUUGGGUUGAUUCAAUUGAUAAUAAGGGCAAUGCUGAAGUUCGCAAGAGAAAUGGUGGUACCUACUACUUUUAAUCCAGACUUGGAUCAAGUCACGUAUCAUCAACGACUUCGAAAAAUAUUCAAGGGUGCUGUUGGUGCACUUGAUGGAACUCUUAUCCGCGCUUCUAUACCACCUGCCCAACAAACACCAUAUCGAGGUAGAGGAAGAGGAGAUUGCUAUCAAAAUGUGCUUGCUAUAUGUGAUUUUGAUAUGAUUUUUACAUUUGUUUGGGCUGGAUGGGAAGGAGUAGCACAUGACUCACGGGUAUUAACUGAAACUAUGCGAGAUCCAAAUAAUAAUUUUCCUUUUCCUCCACCUGAUAAAUAUUAUUUAUGUGAUGCUGCAUAUCCAAAUACUAGAGGAUUUAUGGCUCCUCAUCGCAACACGCGAUAUUGGUUAUCGGAUUUUCGAAAUGAUCGUCGUGCAAGAACAAGAGAAGAAAAGUUUAAUCAUGCUCAUGCUAAAUUAAGAAAUGUCAUUGAGCGAUCUUUUGGAGUUUUAAAAGCAAGAUUUCCUAUUUUGAAGAUAAUGCCACCGUAUCCAUUUAAUGUGCAAAGAAACAUUGUUAUUGCUUGUGUUGCUGUGCAUAACUAUCUUCGCAGGAUGAAAGUUAUGGAUGACUUUUUUGAGCAAUUUGACAGAGCCGAGGUGAUCUUUCAACAACCUCAUAGAAACUUUGCGCAAGAAGGCACACAAAGACAAGCAGAUCAAAUGUUUAUGACGAAUUUAAGAGAUCAAAUUGAAAAUGAGCUGAUGAAUAGAAGAGUUUAGAUAUUCGUUAUAAUAACAAUAUUUUUUAUUGUAUUAAUAUUUUUAAUGUUUAAUUAAAGACUACAUUUUUG